GGAGGCAAAAGACACUUCCUACUUUUUACUUCUUGUUUGUAUUUGAUAUUUCGUGUUUAUUAUUUUGCAUUUUAACUUACACCCCUAAAAGCAUUAUGCCAACUGGUAUGAAGUUCGUGCAGGUUAAUAACCUGCAUGAUUUACCUACUUAUCAGAAACGUUUGCGUCAUCUGCGAUGUUUAGCAGUAAGAAACCUAUCCUGUGGAAGUUACCAUGGCAAAGAGACUACCAGGAUGCAGACUUAUUUUACACUGCACAAGGAUAACUUCACUAAGGCAUUCUACACAAGUGAGAAAAUCACAGGAUCUGUGAAUCCGACCUGGAAAAGUUUCAACAUCAGUCAGUAUGAGAAAGACAUUGAUACGAAAUCAACAUUUAUAGUCCUGCGGAUCUGGGUAGGCGAGGAUGUGGCCUUUAAACUGCUCAUAGAACUUCAAGUCCACCUCACAGGACUUGUCUUCUUUGCUGAGAAGCUUCAACAAGGUGGAGUGAAGUAUACCCCAAACACUGUGAUAUUUGGAAUGUUUGAUAAAUACUUCAUCGCUCCCGAGUUACCCAACCAGGGACAGGCCACUGCAUUGCAGAAACUAAAGACCGAAGAAGACCUUAAUCCACCAAAGAACAGCUUCGUUCUCAAAUGCGAUCAGUGCGCUGUGAGAAAUUCAUACUCGACAAGCUCUUUGUCACGAAUUCACACCAUCCUGAAAGCUACGAAGCAGACACAAGCCUCAGUUAACAGAGUGCAUUGCUCAAUUGAAGACUGUCUGCUUUCAUCGCAGGAAAUCACACAAAAGCUACGCGAGCGUGAACAACUCCUGAUGAAGGUUGGACAACUCCGGCAGGAAUUGCGAUGGCAGUCGAUGAAGCGCCAGUGUGAAAGUGACACCGUCGGAAGAAUUCAUGCUUCCAAUAACAAAAGAGAAAACACUUUGAAAGAAGAAGAAAAGACAUUGGAGAAGUCAAGAAAAUCAUUGGAUGAACACAGAAAGUCUUACGUGGAUAUUCGAGAAACGCUGGUGAAAGUGAACGCCCAGUUGGUGAUGAGACGAAAGCAGUUGGUUGGAGAGAUGGCCUCUUACAUUUAUCCCAUUACAGAGAAUUCCAAGAAACGUUUUUUUAUCUGUGGAGUCAGACUUCCCAAUUCAGAAGAAUUUCAAGGUUGUGAUGAAACUACAAUAGCGGUUGCCUUGGGGUCGACGUGUCACAUGACGAUGAUGAUUUCUCAGUUUCUCGACUUCCCGCUGCGGUAUACAAUGGAGGCCCGUGGAUCGCGGGCGCUGAUCAAAGAUCACAUUCAUGUGAAGCUCACAGACAAAGACAGAGAAUUCCCACUGUACAGUAAAGGCAAAGAGAAAUUUCAGUUCAAUUAUGGUGUUUUCUUGCUCAACAAAAAUAUUAGUCAGAUUCGUUUUUAUGCCGGCCUUGGCACCACUGACCUUAGAAUGACCUUGCCCAACCUAAAGACUCUCCUAGAGUUACGACUAGGUGUAAAAACUGACUUUCCACUGCCAUGGACCCUAACCCCAACCAGUGGUACGGGAAAAAGCAUCGGCACGUCGACAGCCAUGGAAAGUACGCGCAGUACGGCCGGGUCCAGCUCGACAAACAGUCCCACCCCAAAAUGUGAUAUCACUCGUGUUCCUUCCAUCGAUCAGGGCAUAUCGGAAACCACCGGCCACACGUACAGUAGCACUAAAUCAGACAAUCUCCAGGUCCCCAACAAUGGCAAAGACCAUCGGUUACAACUGCAGGACAAUGAAGACAUAUUUUUAGCCAGCGACGACGACUUUUUUCGGAUCCGUAAUUCCAUAUCAAACACAGGGAUCAAUGACGAGUUGUCUACCCUGUCUGCCUACCAGCUGAAGGAGCUGACAUCUGCAGAUAGUCUGGAGGUGUUGGAUGACCGGUUGGCUCUCCUCAGUGAGGGCAGACUCAAUGAUCUGGAAGCCGUCAAGGCAACGCUGCAGAUUCACUUCGACAACAACGGUGACGGCGGUUCCGGUUCAAGUGCGAGGACAUCGUCGUGCAGCAACGGUGACGACAUCUCGUCGGGAGAGGACAAACACCACAGUAAGAAUGAUGGUGAGACGUUAAAUGGAGAAGUGCAAGGUGAAGGUCAGACGUUGAAUGGAGAAGUGCAAGGUGAAGGUCAGACAUUGAGUGGAGAAAUACAAGGUGAAGGUCAGACAUUGAGUGGAGAAGUGCACGGUGAAGGUCAGACAUUAAGUGGAGAAAUACAAGGUGAAGGUCAGACGUUGAGUGAGGAAGGUCAGACAGUUAGUGCUGAUGUUCAAGGUGAAAGUCACACAUUAAGUGGAAAAGUGCAAGGUGAAGGUCAGACAUUAAGUGCUGAAGUGCAAGGUGAAGGUCGGACAUUAAGUGACGAAGUGCAAGGUGAAGGUCGGACAUUAAGUGAUGAAGUGCAAGGUGAAGGUCGGACAUUAAAUCAAAGCCCAAGUGAAUUUGAAUGUGAUUUUCCUUCAGAAAGCUCACUCAGACACACGGGUGAUCAAACCAGCUGUGUAACAGAGAAUGUGGACAAAGCCAGUGACAUUAACGGGUGCCUGACGUCGACAACGUUUAAGACAUCUGCGUUCCAUGGUCACCGCGGGCGGAGGGAUUUGUCACCGGACAACAGUAGUCAGAGUAGUAUAUCGGACGAUUACACUCUGACGGCAGAGGUUGUGUCAUGAUCGGGUGGAAAGUUUUUGAUAGCAUAAUACAGACUAUUUAUUUUUAUGAUCUUCAAUCCAAAUAAGAGCCAUCGUCCAUAAGAGUAGGACUUUGUCUUUCUAACGAGAUUUUAGUACAUAUUUGAAUCCUUCAUUGUAGACCAAAAAACAAAACAAAAAGAAUCUUAAAACCCAGAGAGUUUUAAUGAUUUUGAAUCAAAAUAGAAUGAUCACUCAAUAUACGCAACACAAUUAACUAAAGGCCAAUAGACGUUUGUAAUUCUCUGUUAUUGUCAGAUUAUUUUAGCAAGGUUUGAUAACGGAUGAAUUCAAAAUAUUGUUUUAGUAAAAUUUGGCCCAUGAUAGACAGUAGAUUUUUUUUUUUUGGCGCAUUUACAUAAUAUAUGAAAACUAGCAAAAUGUGCUUUGAAUUCGUUACACAUUAGUUUAUAACAAUACUAUAACAGAAGAAUCUAAUUUUCAUUUUAACAUAUUUAAAAAACAAAUGGUAAGAAAAUAUCUAUUGGUCUUUAAUUAUUUUUAUUGAGUAUACAUGUAUAGACUCGAAUGUGUUAUUGUACAUUUUUACCACAAACAGAUCUCCAAAAAUAAGAAAAUCCCGACUAUUUUUGUGAUUUUGAAUCAAAUUAUGUGUAGUUAUGACCAGUUCUGGUGCUUAUAAAACGUUUUGAGUCUAGACUCGAGACUCUAAUAGAGUCUGAGACAGUAAUGUCAUGACAACGCCAUACAUACAAAAUUUUAUAAGCAUGGGCCCAGAGCCGGUUUAAGGAUCCGUGGGUACUGCAGCACAAAUAAAAGCAGGCCCCCUUCCCAGGAUAUAUAUUUUGCAACCCCCUCAUGGAGAGGGGGGAAUGACCUGUGGGAAAUAAAUGAAGUACUUAUUGUAUUAAUAAACUUGGGUAUAUGUGAAGGAAAAAAUGGUAAUGUUUUAUAAAUGUUAAUUUAAUUUAAUUCAUAGAAUAAUGUUUACACAUCACCGUAGGCCCCCUGAAGCGCGGGGCCCGUAGCACGUGCUACAUGUGCCACUAGGAUAAACUGGCUCUGAUUAUGACUCUGGGUCUCAAGCUAUCACUUCAUCUUUCAAACAAAAUUAAAUGAAUAGUCCAAUGCUCUGCUGUAGGUUCCCUAUAAAUAAUACAAUUACAAAAUUAAAUGAAUAGGCCAAUGCUCUGCUGUAGGUUCCCUAUAAAUAAUACAAUUACAAAAUUAAAUGAAUAGGCCAAUGCUCUGCUGUAGGUUCCCUAUAAAUAAUACAAUUACAAAAUUAAAUGAAUAGGCCAAUGCUCUGCUGUAGGUUCCCUAUAAAUAAUACAAUUACAAAAUUAAAUGAAUAGUCCAAUGCUCUGCUGUAGGUUCCCUAUAAAUAAUACAAUUACAAAAUUAAAUGAAUAGUCCAAUGCUCUGCUGUAGGUUCCCUAUAAAUAAUACAAUUACAAAAUUAAAUGAAUAGGCCGCUCUGCUGUAGGUUCCCUAUAAAUAAUACAAUUACAAAAUUAAAUACAGACUGUUUUUCACUUUUUGUCUUGACAGGGCUGCAGAAAGUACUCGCCCACUCAACAUAUGCGAGUAAACGAGUUAUACAAUACAAUUACUAGUCCGACGGGCAAUCUGGUGAUGUUGAUCACUUGGCCAUCCAUGUGUUAUUAAUAAUGUUUUUGUCAAAUUUAUAUCUUAUCAUUUGAAGUGUCUAUUAUAAUAUUGUUAAACAAUAAUAUUGUGAUCUAUGGGCUGGUGGACUGGUAGAAAUACGGAUGGGCUACUAUAGUACAUUUGAAGUGUAUAUUAUAAUAUUGUUAAACAAUAAUAUUGUGAUCUAUGGGCUGGUGGACUGGUAGAAAUACUGAUGGGCUACUAUAGUACAUUUGAAGUGUAUAUUAUAAUAUUGUUAAACAAUAAUAUUGUGAUCUAUGGGCUGGUGGACUGGUAGAAAUACUGAUGGGCUACUAUAGUACAUUUGAAGUGUAUCUUAUAAUAUUGUUACACAAUAAUAUUGUGAUCUAUGGGCUGGUGGACUGGUAGAAAUACGGAUGGGCUACUAUAGUACAUUUUAGUUGGUUCUGGUCCGGAGGGCUAGUGAAAUAUUUUCCAUUUCUGCACCCCUGCUUGAUAACAAGAUACAAGUGUAGCAUUGAAUGCUCUACUGCAAGUUACAAACAUACGAAAACCAAAGACUAUUUUUAUGAGUGAUUCAUACAAGUUGGAGACUAUAACAUUGUUUUUUAACAAGAUUUAAUAAUAUAAUAUAUCAGUGUUUCUGCUAGAAAGAAAUUUUGGGGUAUGGCACUAUGGAAUUGAAUGCAACCGCAGUCAACAUGUGGUAGGUUUGGGGGUCCUCCUCCAAAAAGAAAAUAGGUUAAGUUUAGGGUUAGGGUUAAGAAUUUCAUACAGUAAUGAUAAGAUUAAUUAAUUUUGUCAAAAGGUUAACUUAAACAAUACAAAUGUGGGUAUGACGCCAUUUGACCCUCUGGCAGAAAGCCUGUAUAUAAUGUAGUGCCCUUUGCAGGACUUCUCGAAUUGUUAUAAACAUCCACUAGCCAUGGGAUCAGUGAUUUAAAACAUUUACCAGCCAGGAUAAAAAGUUCACUAACCCUGCUUUUAAGUGUAUACAAUUUUAAUAAAUAAUAGUAAGAAUCACAUAUGUUACCUAAACAGGGAGCUACAGCUUAAAAACACUAACAUUGGGAGAUGAGGGUGGGGACAGGAUAUUCAUAUUUACAAAAUAGACUUAACUGCAACAUUUGAAGAAAAUAAAUUCACUAGCCGUCGGGCAUGACAAUAGUAGUUAUCUACUAGCCCAACAUUGAAUAUCAUGGGUGUGGGGCUACCAUAAUCUAGAAGUCCUGGUCCAUUGAAUAAGUUUACAGAAACCUAAUAAGACCUAUAAGCAAUACAAUAUGGUACUUGAAGAGAUGGGGCAUGUUGUAGGUUUGCUAAACCAAAAACAUAUUAACUGUUACAAUUUUAAUGAAAUCCUGCAUAGCAUGGUGAAUUGGAUUUCGAGUUUUGUGAAACAAUUCUACCUGGAAAUCAUCCAUUGUGAAAUACUCGUACCUUGAAUCUAACGAUACGUGUAUUUUAAAAUAUUGCAUAGAACCAUGACUCUUGGGUUUAUAUGAUUGCAUCAUUGUCAUCUCUCUGUCUCAGUUUUUAAAAAUAUUUUAACAUGAUUUUUAAAGAUUUCUUGAUUGCCAUACUAAUCAAUGUUUAAUCAAAUAUAUAUCUGUACAGUGCACCCUCUGUCUCAACCAGAUUCAAGUUGUAUUGAGAAAAUAUGCCUAAUACACCCAGAUACUAUAAAAUACUUUAGUUUCGCGUGGAAUUUAUUUUCGUGUUUGAAUAAAAUUUGUGAAAAUAAAUUCCAUGUGAAAUUAAAGGCUGACGAAACUUUGAUAUUGAAAAAUAAAGCGUACAGGGUAGCCUAAGCAUCUUGCAUAAGCGUACAGUAUUUUGUAAACAAUAAAAGUAAAAAUUAUUGAUGUUAUUACUGGCACUUCAGGGUUUUUUAUCGGGUGAAGGGAUGGGGAAUUCGCGAGAAUAAAUGCUUGUGAACUGACUAAUUUUCAUUAAAUAGCAAAAAAAAAAUUCCCGCUAAAAUAAAUAAUUUUGUGUAGUACUUCAUGGAUUAGACAGAUAUCACUUAAACUAUUUUCACCAGACAGAACUUUGAGAUUGUGCUGUUUUAUAGAGAAAUCCAGAUUACAUAGGUGCCAGUUUAGACAGUUUCUGUAUAAGAUUUAGGGCAAGAUUUGGUUUUACUUUAUAAACUGUAAACAGCCAUGUGAUAUUUGAUAAUUUAUGAUAACCUUAUAUGUGUACCUAUAGUGUUACCCCUAGACAUUUGGCAUUGCAUGGUAGACUAAAGACUUUUAGGGCAUUUUCACAAUUUUCAGGGCACUUAUUUUUUUAUUAAAGAAAAAAAUAAUAAUUGCAAUAAAAAUAAUUGAGGAUUUUUCAUGUUUUUUUGUCAAAUAUGAUUUAUAUCUCGUGGAGUGAAA